GCGAGGAUCCGGUCCGGCACUAACUGCAUCUGAAUUAGAGCCCAUGCUGAUUCGCUGAUCGCUGAUUUUCGGCACAAUAAACCAUCCGGCGGGGUCUGCCGCGGAUAAAUCGAUACGAGCGAGACUCGGCGUGGCAUCCCUCCGACCCUGCAGCACCCACGCCAAACGCAGCAUGUCCACACGAGAAAUCCAAUCUCUCGUUAUGUUGGACCGUUUACGAGGCGGGAGGCAGCAUCGUUUGACUCAGUCGGGUCUCGAGUUUGCCCGCAGCGUAAGCUCUCGCGUUGAUGGAUUUGAAAUGCAAGAGAGGAAACUGUGUAUAUAUUUUCGCAGCCUAGCCAGCCCUCAUAAUACUAUCCACUCAACCAACGCAUAUCCUCUCUGUUUUUAGACAAGCUCGACAAGCAACCAAGCUUUCCUGCGCAACAUGUCGAAUAAAGAAACAGUCCUCGCCGAGCCCGAUGUGGCUUCCUCGAUCACUACCCCAGAUGCGCCUGCCGCGAAGCCCUUGACACCAGAGAUGGAGGAGUUUACGCUGGGGAAGCGUGGGCAGCUGGCGUUCUUCACGCUCUCCGUGUUGACGCUCAUGGUUGCCCUCGAUGGGACGUCCAUCUCGGUUGCUUUGCCUAUUAUUACGCGCGACCUCGGAGGAACCGCUAUUGAAGCUUUCUGGAGUGGAACUUCGUUCCUCUUGGCGUCGACAGUAUUCCAACCGAACUUUGCCUCGCUAUCCAACAUCUUCGGUCGCCGUCCCCUGAUCCUCAUCGCUCUGACCCUCUUCUUUGUCGGGACUGUCGUCUGCUCAGUCGCCAAGGACUUUACAUACAUGCUUGUCGGACGUUCGGUGCAAGGUGUCGGAGGUGGAGGCUUGAUUGCGCUUAGCGAGGUGAUUGUUACCGACCUCGUCCCUCUGCGCCUGCGAGGCCAGUACUUUGGUAUCCUCUCUGCCAUGUGGAGUGUGGGUUCCGUUACUGGCCCAAUCUUGGGUGGUGGGUUUUCGCAGGACGUUACUUGGCGCUGGAUCUUCUACAUCAACUUCCCCUUCAUCGGCGUCGGCGCAGUCCUGAUCGUCCUGUUCCUGAAGCUCAACAUCCUUCCAACCUCGCUCGCCGAGAAACUCCGCCAGAUCGACUACAUCGGAACCGUCAUCUUCAUCGGCAGUCUCUCCUCGUUCCUCAUCCCACUGACAUGGGGCGGCAUCCUCUACGACUGGAACUCCUGGCGCACCCUCGUCCCUCUCCUAAUCGGUAUCGCGGGCCUGAUCGUCUUCGCCUUCUACGAAUACCGCUACGCGACAGACCCCAUCAUCCCACCCAAGAUCUUCCAGAACCGCACCGCCGUCGUUUCAUUUGCAGGCAGUUUCCUGCAGGGUCUUGUUCUAUGGUGUAUCCUCUACUACCAGCCCCUCUACUACGAAGCCGUCAAAGGGUAUACUCCGAUAAUGGCCGGCGUCGCGCUCUUCCCCGCAACAUUCACCGUGGCACCCAGCGCCGCCGUCGUCGGUAUCCUGGUUACAAAGUACGGCCGGUACAGAUGGGCCGUCUGGCUGGGCUGGUUCCUCGCGACAUUCGGUCUCGGUCUGCUGACAUACAUGGACGUCGACACCAACAUCCCCUCCUGGAUCUUCAUCAACAUCGUCUCCGGAAUCGGCCUCGGCCUCCUCUUCCCCGCCAUCGGCUUCGCGGUCCAGGCCUCCGCGACCAACGAUACGCUCGCCAUCGCAGUCGCCAUGUUCAGCUUCUUCCGCGCAAUGGGCCAGGCCGUCGGCGUCGCGAUCGGCGGUGUGGUAUUUCAGAAUCGGAUGUACCACAAUCUCCUCGCCUACCCGAGCCUCGCGCCCCUGGCGAGCGAGUACUCGCAGGAUGCCGCGGGGCUCGUCGAGGUCAUCAAGGGGAUGCCAGAGGGCGCGGAGAAAUUGGGGCUGCGGACGGCGUAUACGGACUCGCUACGGAUCGUCUAUGCAGUCUGUGCGGCUGUGUCGGGCGUUGCGAUGCUGUUGAGUUUCUUGACCGAGAGCUAUGAUCUCAAUCGGGCGUUGGAGAGUAAGCAGGGCUUGCGCAGUGAGAAGAAUACCAGGGGGGAUCUGGAGAGUGAGUCGACAUAGAUGUGAUGCGGAUAAUCGAAGCUGGAAUUAUAGAGUGGUGGUGUAAUGGUCUGGAUGGUCUGGAUGGACUGGAUUGGGUGGGUUUCUUUUAUAGAAUAGAGAUCUCCUGUCAUGAUAUGAUACGUAAUGUUAAUAGACUUAUGAUAUGAUUGCUUUUACUUUUUUGUGCCUUUUACAGAUGAGAGAGAUGGGUUUUGAGA